GCUCCGGCAGCGGCUCCAGCUGCAGAUGCAGCCGCAGCCAGCGCAGCAAACCCAAGAAACACCAAGCCAACGCACUCCUGGCGAUCAGAGCGAGCUUGGCAGUUGGAGGCCCCCAAGGGGGGGCCCUUUAGGCGGGAGACUUCGAAUGGCCACACGUCUCCAGAAGCUCCUUUGCCCGGUACAACGGAGGGUGGAGACCUCACCAAUGGGGAGACGGAGGAUCCACCCCCUGGAGAGCCACCGGGUGGAUGGCAGGAGACACACGACAACGCAGUUUCCGGCCAUGACUCCCAGGGAUCACCAGAAGCAGCUUCUGCGGCAGAUGCAGAUCGAAGCAGAAGCUUUGCAAGCGCGGAACAUGUUGACAUCAACGGAAUUCCGGUGGAGAGGAGCGAGAUGGAGGGGCCUCGGAGGUUUGUCUCAGACGAUCUGUCUCGCCUCUGGCUCGUCUACAGAAACAGCAGGGCAGGUGCGGGCCAGUGGCGUGCGGAGGUGUCAGCCGCUCAAGAGGGGAGUCCCUUUGGAUUGGACGCAAGUCAUGGAUUCGUGACGCACAGACACACCGUCGCCGGCAUGGAAGCUGGCAUUUCUGAGGCCGUUUGGGGGCUGGAGGGUGGACAGAAGCUCGUUAGAUACUGCAGCGAUGCGGAAGGCUUCUUAGGCGUGCCCCAGCUGGGCCCUCAACAGCAACGGCUCUCCUCUGCAUUUAGGGCUGCAACCAGCGCAGACUUCUUCAUGGCACCUCCCAAGAAGCCUCGGACUGUCGAGGCGAAGCUGCGUUCCUUGCUGCAGCGCCUGGAAGCGGAGAGCCACUCCGACAUUGUCUCCGACAUCCCUGCCGCCACCGUCGGUAAAGCGGCUGGGGGCCUCUAUAGUGGGGGCCCCGAAGAGGAGGCCCGCGAGAGCCGCCGGUGGGGCCUCCCCUGGAGAAUUCUGUCGCUGUUAGGACAGAUCCUUCUGGCCGGCUGUCGCUGCUGGCUCCUCCCAACUUUGACAUCUCCAGCAGGCCUGCUAGCCAUCUUGGCACGCACUUUGGCGUGGUGUGGGGUUUGGUUGUGGGCAACAACGUACAUGGAGAGGGCCCCCGGGAUGAAGGGCCUCCUGAAUUGGUCUUUUACGGCCCUCCCACAUACGUAUUCGGUGGUGGAGGCUCUCUUUGUGUGGAUGGUGACGGGGGAUUACUGUGUGGGCCUCAUAACGGCCUCCUCGCCCUUGAACUUUGUGCUGUCUCCGCACUCCAUUAUUGACAUCGUUACCUUGCCCAUCUCGGCGAUGGUGAUCCGGCUCUUUGUCUCUGAUCCCAAGGCGCAGAACUAUCCCUGGCUCUUGGGGCUUGGAUGGCUGCGUUUCCUGCGGCUCCUGCGCACGGAGACAGUCUUAGGCACGUGCUUUCCAACGCUGUCUCUGGUGUCUCUGCGCGUGGUGUCGAUCGGUGUUUCCUGGCUCAUGAUCGUGCUGACUUUCGCGGGUGGCAUCUUCAUUCUGGAAGCCCCCGAUGUCGAAGCGAACUACAUGUCAGUCUUCGACUUGUGCUUUUACGCAGUUGUGACGGUCAUGACUGUAGGCUAUGGCGAUUUCGCUCCGAGGACCCCUGCCGGAAGGGGGCUAGCCAUGUGCGUCAUCGUCUCCGCCUUCGCAUACCUGCCCGGCGAGAUCCAACGGCUCAUGGAGGCCCUCAGAGAGCCGUGCACUUCUUACGGAACCAUACCCACGCAAGACGAAGACUACCUGUGCAUUCUAGGGCCCAUACAACCGCAGCAGUUGACUGCCUUUUGCUUCGAGGUGGGACGUGCCUUCCCAGGAUCCGCGUCUGCCUUGCUCUUCAUAACGCCCCUUCCUGUCCCCGCGUACGUUGAAGCUUGCCAAAAGGCAUUCAAACACUCGGGUGUCAGGAUUUGCAUCAAGGGGGGGGCCAGAGGGGCCCUUCUCCCCUCAGCCAUCCGUGCCGCAUGCACGGAAGCGCGAGCUGUCUUCGUCUUCAGCAACAGCAGACCCUACUCCAUCACUGGGGCGCUUCCUCAAGCCUUCGGAGGCCGCAAGAGUGCAGAGGGCCCCCUUCUAGCUCCCGGAUCUGGAGAGAGUGGAGGAGCUGCGCAGGCUGUCCUGGCUUCCUGCCCCUUGUCGGCUGCUGGUUCGUCUUCUCGAAGCAGCAGAGGCGAAAGCCAUGGAGAGUGCCUGCACUUGGACGACGAGGCAGGGAAGACUUGCAGCAUUACGAGAGGGGCACAGGUUACACCAUCUACCGCAUGGAGUUCCCAGCGUGUGUAG